CCUAACCUUUAACACCUUACCUUACAUAGGGGAUUACCUAGCUAAAGCCAGUCAAGGGUAGCUGCAGGCUGCAGCUCACCUUUCUAUCUACCUACCCACUACCUCAUGUAAAGGUAAGGAUCAGACGAAGGUCGUUCCCGUGUUAGCCGUGCCAAUACUACUAAUUGCGACCGGAUAUUCUUUCCCCCCACAUAAGCUUGUCUUAUCGAGGUUACUCUCAUCAUCAAUUGGUCUAAGCUUCGUCAUCGGGGCUCAGAUUCCAAUUUCCUAUCCAUUCAAUACAAACCCGUCGCGGUGCAACCCAUUUUUCUUCCAUCUUUUUUUUUUUUCGUCUUUUUCUUCUUCUUCUUCGUUAAUUACCUAAUUCACCGUUACGAGCCCCCCAUGGAUUGGAUGGUCCUUUGACCGUAGUCGUCACCUAGGUAAAUCUUUACCCUUUCAUUGACCUUCCAAGACGGGCGAAUCCAAUUAGGAUUAUCAACUUUCUUGUUCGGUCGACGCGACGUACGAGAUCAGUCGGAACAUCCACCCGUCUCAAAAGUCAACAUUUUCUAUCCCUAAUAUCUUAUCAAUCGAUUCUCCCUUUCGGCGAGAAUAACCGCAAGAAUGGGGAACGACGGCAUCCUUCGCGCUCGUACGAUUAUCCUUAGCUUAGUUAGAGCUAUCUUCCUUUCGGUCGGCUUAACGUUUGCGAUUCCAACGAAUUACCAUACUCUUGAACAUGCUCCCGAAGAAACCGAAGAAGGCUCCCUUUGGGUGCUUUAUGUGGCAUCCAUGAUCCUUGUGCUUUCAGGGGGUGCUUUUGCUGGUUUGACGAUAGCACUCAUGGGUCAGGAUGAGAUCUACCUCCAAGUAAUAUCCUUAGAUCCUGAGGAGCCUCAACGAAAGAACGCGAGACGCGUCUAUGAUCUUUUAAAGAAAGGCAAGCAUUGGGUCUUGGUAACGUUAUUAUUGUCUAAUGUUAUUGUCAAUGAAACCCUCCCUGUUGUGCUAGAUAGAUGCUUUGGCGGUGGUGUUGCGGCUGUCGUUGGAAGUACUAUCCUAAUCGUGAUCUUUGGUGAGAUCUUACCGCAGUCCGUCUGUGUUCGCUACGGUCUACAGAUUGGCGGAUAUAUGUCUAAACCCGUGCUCCUAAUGAUGUACCUUCUCGCUCCCGUCGCAUGGCCAACGGCGAAGCUUCUUGACUGGCUACUAGGCGAAGAUCAUGGAACCGUAUACAAGAAGAGUGGGUUGAAGACGUUAGUCACGCUUCACAAAUCUCUAGGUGAAGUUGAUGAACGUCUAAAUCAGGACGAAGUUACCAUCAUUAGUGCUGUUCUAGAUCUAAAGCGCAAACCUGUAGAGGAAGUUAUGACGCCAAUGGAAGAUGUAUUUACUAUGUCUGAGGAUACCGUGUUAGACGAAAAGACUAUCGAUCAAAUUCUCGAUGCCGGCUAUUCUCGAAUCCCCAUCCAUCAAACUGGAAACCCAACAAACUUUGUUGGUAUGCUUCUGGUCAAAAUCCUCAUUACUUAUGAUCCCGAGGACUGUAAACGAGUCAAAGACUUCGCUCUUGCAGCUCUUCCCGAGACCCGACCUGAGACUAGCUGUCUUGAUAUAAUCAACUUUUUCCAGGAAGGAAAAUCUCACAUGGUACUUAUAUCGGAGUCUCCAGGUGAUGACCAUGGCGCUCUAGGUGUGGUAACACUUGAAGACGUUAUAGAGGAGCUUAUUGGAGAGGAAAUUAUCGACGAGUCGGAUGUAUAUGUUGAUGUGCAUAAAGCUAUCCGUAGAUCUCAUCCCGCCCCCAAAGCUCGAGCUUUGCGGAGGGAACUUAUGGCUAAGGACCUUGAGAUCAGGAAUAACACGCUCAUCGACAUAGAGGAAGAUAGACAAGGGCCUCAGGCUAAACGGGGUACGUCAGUUAGCAGCAGGACAGACGCUUCUGCUCUCGGUUCGAGUCCAAAGAUGACAACCUUACUGAUGCGACGACGUUCGGCUGGCCAAGAUGGACAACUAAUUCACACCAUGGUACCAGUUAAAGCCAACUUCGAAGAAAUGAGGGAUCAUCUAAAACAUCUCGGCCCGUCUAAUCCUGCGUCGAAUCCUAAGAGCACGAGAGUCUCAGCAGUUAAAAUCAAGCCCGGCUCAGCAGCGGCUUUGGGCGCUCAGCAGCAUUCAAGUUCCAUUACGGCGGACGAUGUUGCAGAAGAUCUAGUCACGGUUGUAGAUGAACGCACAAGUCUACUAGGAUCUCAACCGAAAGCAAAGGAUGGCAUACAAGCUCUCCAGCAGAGUUACACCAAAUCACCUUCGAACCACCCAACCGAGAUUGUAACCAGUUUCGAAGGCGAGAGUUCCGAGCAGGUGACUAAAGGUACACAGACCAAGCUCAGCGUUGUACCUGAGAGUGAUACCUCGCCCACACAAGAAUCCACGACAGAAAGUAUAGAUAGUGCCCAUGACCUCAUCGGACGAAGAAGGCGUCACGUGCGUAGCGGCAGCAUUACCGAAAAUAUAGUCGAAUCCGGCGGUAUCCGCAAAGUCAUUCUUGAGGCUAACGAUACAUCGUCAGGCGACGAUGGACACAUAGCAAUAAUACCUAUACCCUCCGAUGAAGAUGGAACGUCUUCGACCGCUACUCCAGCCACGAAAAACAAUAAGGGGAAAAAGAAAAACCGUCGUAAGAAUAGGAAUGGAGGAAAGUAAGAAGCAUUAUUCCAGCGUGGGGAAAUACGACCAAAUAUUAUUCCAGUAUGACAGCGAUCGUGCAGCAUUGCAUGAUGGUAUAAUUGUCUACCUAGGUAGGGUAAGACUAUCUGUAGAGCAUAUAUUGGUUUAGUUUUAAGACCAAAAUUUCAGGAAUCAGGUCCCUAUAGCAUCUACCCUUCAGCCUAGGUAGUCUGUGUAAUAGCAUCUCGGACUGUUAGUUAGCAUCAACUAUGUAACAUUAUUGCAAUAAAUCGUAAUCUAUAAAAAAAAAUGAGUUCCGUAAGUCGAAGAGACGCCUAAUAUUGCUGUUACUUGAGUAAUGGUAUAGAGUUUAAAAAGAGCCUCGGACCUAAGUACAUGCGUUACAUGUGUUACCUGAUCGCAACCGCAUACACAUAUACAC